CCACCACAACCAUGGAAGCUCCCUCUAAUUGGACACUUGCAUCAUCUCUCUAAAGCAAUGCCACAUAGAUCUCUUGGGAACUUAGCAAACAAAUUAGGGCCAGUCAUUCGUCUUCAACUCGGACAAGUCUCUCUCGUCGUAAUCUCAUCUCCAGAUUUAGCCAAACAAGUCAUGAAGACGCACGAUUUAAGUUUUUCAAACCGUCCCAAGCUCCUUAGUGCUGAAAUCGUGGGAUAUAACUAUAAAGACAUUGUUUUCUCCCCUUACGACGGCUACUACAGACAAAUGCGUAAAAUAUGUGUCAUGGAGCUUCUAAGUGCCAAAAAGGUCCGGUCUUUCGAAUCAAUUCGUGAACAAGAGUCUUGGGACCUCGUUCAAUCAAUACAAAAGCAAUUGAUGGGAUCAAAAACAAUAAUCAACAUCAAUCUUACUAAGAUGAUUGUAAGGAUGAUGAGUGACGUCACAUUUAGAGUUUCCGUUGGAAGUAGAUGCAAGGAUCAGGCGACGCUCCUGGCACUGGUUGUUGAAAUUCUAUCUUUAUCUGGUGGUUUUGACGUGUCUGAUCUUUUUCCGUCAUACAAAUUACUUCAUUUAGUCACUGGUAUGAGGAACAAGCUAGUGAAGAUACACAAGAAGAUUGAUAAGUUGUUUGAUGACAUCAUCUCCGACCAUCAACAACUUCGUGCAAGUGGCCAAAUUAGUGAUGAUACAGAAGACGACCUUCUUGAGGUUCUCUUGAAGCUCAAAGAAGAUGGUGGCGGGCUUCAAUUUCCAUUAACUUCUGAAAACAUCAAAGCAGUUAUCUUGGAUAUGUUUAUUGCGGGGACAGAUACUGCAUCUGUGACUAUCGAAUGGGCAAUGCUAGAACUAGCUAAAAAUCCAAGUGCAAUGAAGAAAGUGCAGACUGAGCUGCGACAGACACUCAAAGGGAAAAAAAAGAUCUACGAGGCAGACAUUCGUGAGCUUGACUGCUUAAAACUAGUGAUAAAGGAAACGUUAAGGUUACAUCCUCCUCUUCCAUUACUACUCCCUCGAGAGUGUCAGGAGAAGUGUGAGGUUGGGGGAUACCAUAUUCCGGCUAACACAAAAGUUAUCAUUAAUGCGUGGAAGAUAGGAUGUGAUCCAAAUAACUGGAGUCAUCCUGAAAGUUUUAUACCUGAUAGAUUCUACGAAAACUCAAUUAACAUGAUGGGAGUUGAUUUUGAAUUUCUCCCAUUCGGAGCUGGCAGAAGAAUGUGCCCAGGCAUAAAUUUAGGGUUGGCUAAUGUGGAACUGCCUUUAGCAAGGCUACUUUACCACUUCAAUUGGGAAGUCCCGAUUAACGCAAAAUCUCAAAGUAUUGAUACUAGUGAGGUUUUUGCGGUUGUUCUUAGACCAAAACACAACCUACAUUUGAUUCCAAGUGCAUACAACGUUGAUGAGUGA